AUGAGACGCAACUCGGCAUUAUCCGACACGAAUUCAGACUCUAGCAUGUCUUCAGCAUUCUCAGCGUAUUCAGCUGAUGAUUUGACAGAAGACAGAACACCUACAUCCAACUCAAAGCAGUUUUUCACCAACCUUGUACAAAAGACUCGUUCUCAAGUUGAACAAAAGACGUCCGAGAUAAAUGCAACUAUGCAAGAAAAGCUACCCGAGUGGAAGCAGCGUGGUGCCAUGUAUUCAAGCAAAGCAAAGGAAACUGGCAUAGAAUGGUCCAGGCGGGGAAAGGAAGCAGUCGAUAGAUGGAAAAAGGACAGAGCAGAGGAAAAUGCUCAUAACAGCAACUCGAGACAAUCUUCUUCUUCUUCUUCAAUAUCACAAUCUGAAAAUGCAGUAUUUGGCAUGCCUUUGGAGGUGGCAGUGGCAUUGACUAAAAUUGAUGCCGAUGAUUUGAUACCGGCUGUAUUCAAACGCUGUAUAGAGUACUUGGAUCAUGUUGGCAUACACGAAGUUGGAUUGUAUAGGAUUCCGGGAAGUACAAUCACUGUGAACAAAUUGAGAGCAGUGUUCAAUGAUGGAUCCGACAUUGAUUUUGAUACAACACAGCCAGAUCCUCAUGCUGUCGGAACAUUACUCAAGAUGUACUUGAGAGAAUUGCCUGAGCCCAUUAUCCCACUGGAACUCAACCAUGAAUACUCUCAACAAUUUAUGCAAUCCAUCAAAUCAUCCAACGAAGGCGACAGAAAAGCAAUGGAAGAUACUAUUAAUGUCACCACCUCUCUGUCCACGGUAGAGACCAGCAAACUACCGCCCAUCUCACCCGAGCUGCUAAACACUGUUAAAUCCAUCACAUCCAGGCUUCCCAUUUACAACUUUUGUUUACUCCAGUUGUUAUGCAAACAUUUAAAGAACGUAGCAGAUCAUGAAUCAGAGAACAGAAUGUCGAUAUCCAAUUUAGCCGUUAUUUUUAUUCCUACACUGAACAUUGGAAGAGCACUCUUCCAUUGCAUGGUAGAGCAUUACCAGGAUUUGUUUGAAGGCAUCAAAAAGACCAAGGCGCCUCCUCCACCGUUACCACAAAAGCCUCGCAAUCUUUCCAUAUCAUCAGCAGAUCAUGCCAUCACACCGCCAUCAUUACCUCCCACCAAUUCGCCGAGAAGGAUAUUCCAUGCAAAGACAAUGUCAGAUACCGACUUGAUGAAAAGACCAAUGACCGCAACGACUGCCACAGCCACCAGCAGCCAUAGUAGCAGCAGUACUAAUAGCAACCGUACUACUAAUUGCAACAACACACCUCCCUCCUCAAUAAAGAUUCCCCCUCCAAAACCAAGUCGAUCGCCUGCAGCACACAGUCAGCAACAGCAGCAUUUACCACCACGACCUCCUCAAGCACCUCCAGUAAAACCAAGGUCUAAAUCGGUAUCAUCACCUCAUCGAGUAGUGCAGCAGCAGCAGCAGCAGCAGCAGCAUCAGCAACAACAACAGCUAGUGCAAAAACAACAGGCCAACAGUGAGGAAGCAUUUUGGAAGCAAAGCGGUCGAGUAGAAGCCAUUGGCAAGCAAUUCGAGACACUGAUGAACAGUAACAUCACAAUGUCUUCUCCUACAUCUUUCUCCGCAUCUUCCUCUUCUUUACGGAAAUAA